GGGGCGUCCUGGACAUUCUAACCCCGGAGGGCGCCGCUGGUGGGAGACGCGCGCGGGCGCCAGUAUGCGCUUAGGCCCUUUCCAGCCCAGCAGUCUCCACCUGCCCAGUGACCAUGAUCGGUACGUGGUGCCUGUCAGUGUUUGUGAGGUUCAACUCCAGCCAUGGUUUCCCAGUGGAAAUCGAUUCUGCCACCAGCAUCUUCCAGCUCAAGGAGGUGGUUGCUAAGCGACAGGGGGUUCCAGCUGACCAGUUGCGUGUGAUUUUCGCGGGGCAGGAGCUCAGCAAUGACCUGAUGGUGCAGAGCUGUGACCUGGAUCAGCAAAGCAUUGUCCACGUUGUGCUGAGACGGGGCCCAAGAGGCCAAGCAGUGAACACAGCUGGCGGGACUGGCCCACGGAAUGCUGUGGGGGGCUCUGCUAGGGAGCCUGAGAGCUUGACUCGCGUGGACUUCAGCAGCUCCGUCCUCCCCACUGACUCGGUGGGUCUGGCUGUUAUUUUGAAUGACGACAGAGAGAAUGGUGCCCCGGCCACUGGAAAGCCAGCAGGUAGACCCACCUACAACAGCUUUUAUGUCUACUGCAAAGGCCCCUGUCAAAGCGUGCAGCCAGGAAAGCUCAGGGUGCGGUGCGGCACCUGCCGACAAGCCACACUCACGUUGGCCCAGAAGCAAAUGGCCCGGGGCCGGCCGAAUCGACAGCAGGAACUAGAGGGCCGCUAUGUCCUCCAGACAUCACGGGAGGCCGCCUGGCUGUGUCCCCAGGAACCCGCAGCCAGUGAUGUGGGCGGACCCCCAUCUCUUGGCCUGUCAGACUCAGGGGCUCCCCAGAAUCAGGUCUGA